CGCUACGAGGAGCAUUUUAAUAGCGCGCCUUGCUAACUGUAUUAGCUCCAGCUGUGACUCCGUAUUAAUCAGCUGAAGUGUUACACUUUAAAUGGAUUCGUAAAGUGGUUUUUCAAGCUUCGACGUAAACUUUUGGCACUGCGAGGGUCGACUUAUCUGUAAUUGUCCAACUUUUUUUUACUCUCUGGACAAGUGCGUCACUUUUUGAGAACUUCAUUACUAGCUUGCGGUAGUAAUGUUUCACAGCGCAAACACCAGACACAGUGACCGCGAGAGUCUUGUGUUUCUGAUGUCCACAAUGCUAAACCUCAUGCGACGUACGUGCUCCAUUUUCGUCAACGAUUCAUACUGACGUAAUAUAUUUACAAGUGACACAGGUUCGUCACUAAGUCAGACCUUGGUGUAAAGAGGCUUUGUGAACAUAGCAGAAGUCGAAUUAUACGUGUAACGUUUUCGACUGACCAGUGGAACGUUUACAAACGCACAUCAACAGGUUUUCGCCCGUGCAUGUGUUGUAUUGAACAAGAAACGUUGUAUUGUAUAAUAAGCCAGUGUUUGUGUCUUUAUGAAUCACGUUUGAUUAAAGAAUGUAUCGAAAAAUGAGAAGCCUACAGGACCCAGAUGAAGUAUCUCUUUAAUGAUUAUACCUACAACCUUCUGAGCUUCAGGAUGGAUUAAGGCCACAUAUUUCUUGGUCUUCACUAUGCCUAUUAAAGAAAGUAAUCGCUCCUCAAAUUCUUGGUUCAACCAGCGGAUGUCUGCACGGCCUCCAAUCCAGACUGAAUUCAUGAAUUAAUCCCUGAUUGGGUUGUGACACUGUGAGCAGACAGGAUGGCGUCUGCCAGCAGCACCAAGAUCUCAUGGCGUCUGAGCCAGUUUGAGGCUCACUCCAGCAGCGUUUCCUGUUUGUCCUUGGGGAAGAAAACUCUCCGCCUGCUGGCCACUGGGGGGGAGGAUUGCCGGGUCAAUGUGUGGUGUGUUAGCAAGCCCAACUGCAUCAUGAGUAUGGCUGGUCACAACAAGCCAGUAGAGUGUGUCCUGCUCAGCCCCUCGGAGGACAAAGUCAUUGCUGGUUCACAGUCUGGAUCAAUAAGACUGUGGGACCUGGAGACUGCAAAGAGUAUAAAAACCCUGCCAGGACAUAAAUCCAACAUCACAAGUCUGGAUCUGUACUCGAACGAAGUUUUUUUGGCAUCAAGUGCUGUCGACAAAGAUAUCAAACUGUGGGACAUGAGGAGGAGCGGUUGUGUGGUCAAAUUCCAGGGUCACACUCAAGCCGUGAGGAGCGUUGCCUUUAGUCCUGACGGGAAGUGGUUAGCUUCAUCCAGUGAUGACGGCACCAUCAAGCUGUGGGAUCUUUUCCAGUCCAAGAUGAUCACAGAGUUUAAAACCCACACAGCAGCGGUCAACGUUGUCCAGUUCCAUCCCAAUGAGUACCUGCUAGCAUCGGGCAGCUCAGACAAGACUGUCAAACUUUGGGAUCUGGAGAAGUUCACUCCAGUCGGUUCUUUGGAGGGACACACAAGUCCAGUCAGAUGCAUCUCCUUCAGCCCGGCCGGCGACUGCCUGUACAGUGGAUCCAGCGACAUGCUGCGAGUGUUUGGCUGGGAGCCGGACUGCUGCUUUGACACAGUGGCUGUUGGGUGGGGAGAAGUGGCUGACAUGGCUCUCUGGAACGAUCAGCUUGUCAGUGCUUCUCACCAUUUGUCGGUCGUCUCCUCCUAUGUGGUGGAUUUAAAGAAGGUGAAAAAGAAUUUAGGAUCUGUGAUCCAAGGGAUCGUCCAGGAUAACAAGCCACUGAAAGAGCCUCAGGAUGUGAAGGCUGUGACGCUGCGCAAGAGCUACGAGCGACCCAUGACCACAUUUAUCACCCAGAGAGCCAAGUCAAGUGCAGACAGUGAGAGACAGAGUCCAGAAGGUGAGCGUCGGAGCCCGAGUGAAGAGGAGGAGAAUGCGGUAGAGAAGGCGCCUCCAGUGGAGAUCCCUGUCACCGACGACUACGAAGAGAUCUUCCAGCCCAAGAAGGCCAUCUGUCGGACACCACCCGAGAAGGCCGAGCCGCUCCCAGCUCCUUCAGAGGACGUCACCAUCCUGGACAUCAGCAAGCAACUCAACGACAUGUGUCACUUCCCCGUCACACAGAUGGCUCCUCCCCCACUCCCAGUAGUCACUCCUGUCCAGAGGGUGGUUCCAACAGUGGUUUCUGGGGCAAAGCGUCCUGCUCUACCGGUGAUCGGACCGCCAACCAGCAACCCUGAACCUCCUGCGCCUGCUGCCACGACCAAACCACAACCUAAGAUUGUUCUCAACAACAGAGAGGAGCCCAUUGGACUGAACAUCUCCGACUUCCUCUCCGUUGCCCACAAAAACCGGAAGGGCGACCUGAGCAUGGAGGAGGCUCUGUCCCAGAUGAUGCAAGGAUCCGAGACCAUGUACUUGAUGAUGAGUAGUAGACGCAAGAAACUGGAGAAGGUCCACUCGGUGUGGAGCAAAGGAGAGCUGACGAACGCUGUGGAUGCUGCUGUGGCCAUGAAAGACCUCUCAAUCGUCGUCGACAUCUUGAACAUCAUCAACCUGCAGCCGUCACUGUGGAAGCUGGAUGUGUGCAUGAAAAUCCUCCCUCAGAUCGACGAGCUGCUGCAGACAGCCUACGAGAGCUACAUACAGACGGGGUACAAGUCCCUGAAGCUCAUCAUGAAGCAUUUCUGGACCUUGAUCUCCGACACACUCAACGCCCCGCAGUCUGUGGGAGUGGACAUCACACGAGAGGAACGACAUCAGAAGUGCAGCAAGUGCUGCAAGCUGCUGAAGAACCUCAGCAAUACGGUGAAGAACCGGGCCGACCAAGUCGGGCGUCACGGCAGCACCUUCAAGGAAUUGCAGCUGCUGCUGGCUCCGCUCGAUGACCUGCACUGAUGAAGCUCCAAAGAUGGAGUGGGAGUUUGUACGUGCGACCCAAGUCCUCUUGAGGCGCUGGACUCAGCAACUCGCAUUUCAAGACUUUACACCUCGCACACUGGCACUUUGAGAAACGCCUGGUGGACUCUGGGCUCAGAAGAUUCAACUGCUGGGCCAGUUUGCAAAACUGAAAGCUGAACAGGUUUAGAAUCUGAUCCUGCACACUGAACAUUCCAUCUUUCAUUUGGAACAAGUCUUUGGCAGAAGGACUUUGGCAAGGCCUCCUGGGACUUGUCUCCUCACUUCAGACUCCACUUAUGAACCAGGGUUUUAAAGUUCUGUUGCUCCAACAAGCAACAUGAAGUUAUUUGUUUUAAAGUAUGUGUGCCGCUAACUGGCGCACAACCCACUGAAAUAAAGCCUUUGUUGUGAAUAAAUCAGGAGUUUCUG